AUGUCUCUGGAGACUAUUACGACCAUUUCCCCUGCUACUAAUGAGCCCGUUGUCACCCGCACCGGUAUCUCAGAGGAUGAGCUGAAACAGCUCCCCGUGACCGCCCAAGAAGCCUUCCGAUCAUUCUCACAGUCCACAACUCUAGAAAAAAGACAGAAGAUUGUGGAACGUGCCCUUGAUAUUCUGGAAAAGAAGCAAGAUGAAUUAGCUCGGGAGAUUACUGAGCAGAUGGGCCGACCCAUCGCCUAUACCGGCGUCGAAGUCGCGACCGCUAUCAAGCGUAGUCGCUACUUGACCCGUAUUAGUACUUCCGUGUUAGGUGAGGAAGGAAUCGUGCAUGGAGAAGAGGAAAAGGGUUUCAGACGGUAUAUCAAGCGGUCCCCUGUCGGUGUGGUCCUGAUUAUCUUCCCCUGGAACUACCCGUACCUCACCCUUGUCAACAGCUUGAUCCCCGCCAUUCUCGCUGGAAACGCCGUUAUCCUCAAACCAUCCCCCCAGACUCCAACAAUCGCCGAGCACUUUGCGUCUGCUUUUGUCGCAGCUGGUCUUCCCGAAAAUAUUUUGCAAUUUUUCCACUGCGGAUCUUUCACAUUGCUUGAAACUUUGGUGCGAUCGCCUCUAGUGAACCACAUCUGCUUCACUGGCUCUGAGGCCGGUGGGCUUUCGGUACAAAAGGCAGCUUCUGAUCGCAUCGUCAAUGUUGGUCUAGAACUCGGUGGCAAGGACCCAGCGUAUGUGCGAGAGGAUGUGGAUCUCGCAUGGGCUGCUGAGGAAGUUGUGGAUGGUGCCAUCUUCAACAGUGGACAGAGCUGCUGCGCGAUCGAGCGCGUCUAUGUUCACGAGAAAGUCUAUGAUGCGUUUGUCGCCGAAGUGAAGAAGGUGCUGGGCAACUACCGUGUUGGCGAGCCCUCCGAUCCCAAGACCCAAAUUGGGCCUGUCGUCUCUAAGCGGGCGAAGGAGGCUAUUCUUGCGCACAUCGAGGAUGCUGUCAAUAAGGGCGCAAGGAAUGAGACACCUGCUAAUGAAACCUUCGAGAACUUCCCUCCAAACGGCAACUAUGUUAAGCCUACCCUGUUGACUGGUGUUAACCAUGAUAUGGCUGUGAUGAAGGAUGAAACAUUUGGACCUGUUAUCCCUGUUAUGAAGGUCUCAGGUGAUGACGAGGCUGUUCGUCUGAUGAACGACAGCAACUUUGGUCUUACUGCCAGUGUCUGGAGUAAGGAUGUUGCUGCAGCUGAGAAGCUGGUUGAGCGUGUUGAGGCUGGCACUGUCUUUGUCAACCGAUCAGACUUCCCUAGUCCCGAUCUCGCCUGGACAGGCUGGAAGAACUCUGGUCGCGGUGUUACUCUGAGCCGAUUCGGAUUUGAGCAGUUUGUCAAACUUAAGAGCCACCACAUCAAGGACUACCCCAAAUAG